GCAGAGUCCCCACGCCGCAGCACGACGCCGCAGCGAUUCCUUGGCUCUUCCCACCACAGCGCCAGCGCUUACCAUGGCGGCUCCAAUCGCAAGCGAGUUUUUUCCAUCUUCUCGCGGUUGGCAAAACCAACGGCCUCCGUCUACCCCACACGUCUUUGGUUUUCUUCUCACCGACGAGGUCGCGCAAAAGUACUGUGGCCAUUAUUGCCCAACUUCGAACGAGGAUGAUACAGACAGCCAUAUCUCCGUCCUUCAGACAGACGGACUCCAGGCUAUACUUGGCAACAAGUAUAAUUUGCGAAACUUACUCAGCCCGCUGGUAUACAAGGAUAGGAAGCUCAUGGCCAUGGGGUUCGCGCUGGUUCUGGCGGACAAUCGGGGCAUUGAUGACGAUCAGAGAGUGCCCCCGCCGCCUGAGGCCGUCGCCCUGAUCGCGGACGAGCUGGGCUUGGAGGGGAUUGAGCGCGAGCCGCGCUGGUACAAGCUCGUUUAGCGACUCCGCAGCUUCUCCAUUAUCCCGCCACAUUCACGCCAUCGGUCGCCGCACUGUUUGGAGACUCGAUGUGUGCGCUGCUGGGGCUGGUCGGGGGGAUUUUGAAUUUACAAGGAGCGUCCUACCGAUGCCCAAUUCCUUCUACGAGCAACGAAGGCCUCUUUGCCGGCGGAACCUUUUCGACUCUAACGUGGCAUGACAGGCAUCCGCCUGAUAGUCUUUUUAGUUCCGCCUGUUUCCCCACUUGGAGGCCCAAUCUUCCGUCG